CAUAUCUAACUGGUAUAUAACUCUGACAUAAGGCGAAGAUAACUAUCACUAGUUCUGCUGAUCAUCUUCCAGUCUGUUCCAGGAAUCAUGAAGAUCUUUGCCCUUCUCACCGUGUUCGCUCUCCUCGGGGGGUCCCAGGCUUUCCUAAAAGAGGUCGCGGACCUUUUCCACAACCUGGGCACUGAGUUGGGUGCGGUCGGCAAGGACCUUCUGCAUGUGGCUGAACCAGUUGCCAAUUCUCUCCUCCAAACGUUAGAGAAGGCAGGCACACAACUGCUCACUACAGCGGCUUCUGAUCUGUUGACGCAUCUUGGGGGUGCUGCCGGCAAAAGAGACCUCGGUGAAGUCGUUGACAAAAUUGGCAAAUUCGUCACCAACGCCGAGCAGUAUCUUAAAGACACGGGAUCCACCCUGGAGACCGUCUACAAACACACCUUGGAGGCAAUUCAGCAGGAGAUUGAUCAUGUGGUCAAUGACGUCAAACCCGUUUCCGGUCUGAUCGACGAGGUCAAGAAAAUCGUCGAGGGACACAACAACUUCCUGGACGUUUUGGGCGAAAGGGUCCUUGGCGAGGGGGUGGAUUUGUUCAACGAGAUUAUCCACCACGGCGAGAGCAAGAGAGGCCUGGCUGAGACCGCCCACACUUUCGGCCAGGGCCUGCAAAACCUUAUCCAGCAGGUGGCUGCUCCACUCAAAACUGCUCUCUCUGGCAUCGUAACAGAUCUCGAGAGCAAGGUUCUCAGCCUUUUGGGAUAAGAUGUAAGUAUAUAUAAUGUAUUUUAACAAAUACUCUCCGGAAGUACGUGGGAAGGU